UUUUAAAACAGGUCAACAGUUUGCUGGAUAGUUGUUGAUAUUUUGUCCGCUGCCUCAAGUCUGGUAAGAGUCAGGAUAUCUGACACAGGACUGCUGCUCAAUAGUAAUGAUGGCACAAAGUGUAGAGUUACCGACCCGUUGCUACAGCGAUGUUGCUGAGCAACAUCCGCUAACAUUAAAGACACGUUGAGAUCAGGUUAGACAGCUGUCUCAGAUCUGCUUUUGCUUACGUGUCACUGUCAGAACCACCGUUUGGCGAUUUCAGCACCAUGGACAGAGACUGGUCAGCGUGAACAGCUCCAAUCAGGUUUAAAGGCUUGUUUGUUUGUUUGUUUGUUUGUUUGUUUGCUUUGUGAGGUAUUAGGUUGGCUUGACGAGAAAUAUGGAUAGAUACUCCAGUGACACAGAAGAAUCUCAGGAUAAGUCUGUAACGUUGAAACGCUCCGUUUAGAGGAAUGUUCAGGAAGAUAAAUAAUGUGUUCCGUCCCAACCAUCCUGGACAGAGGGGGCGGGAUGGUGGUGGGUUUAGGUCCGAGCAGGACUACCACAGCGCCUGCACCGUCAGGCUGGUCCGCAGCACCUCCAUGCUGGUAGUGGGUGAGAAAACUCAGGCAGCCGUGGGCUCGACCUUAAAACGGAGCAAAAGCACAGUGAGCAUCGAGUCGACCUUGUACUAUUAUCAGAGACAAGAGGAUAGGAUAUGGCUUUACUCUCAGAAUCAGAACUGCCUGGAGUACCUGGAAGCACUUGUGGCUUUGAGGCGGCAAUACACAAAGAGUGUCAGUGACUUAAAAAGUAACGACACAAAGGCCACAGUGUCCUCCAAGAAGAAGCCUGCGCCUCCUCCACCAAAGAAAGAACCGAUAUCAAGAGCCAGACCCUCCGCCCCUCCGGCCCCCAAUGAGCAAGACACUUUGCAGUUCUUUGAUGAGGUCAUCGCGAGCUGCGACAGCGAACCUCAGCGCAAACCCUAUGUGGAUGAUGGACACGCUGACGUGGACUUCAUAGUGGCCUCCAGCUCUGCAGAACACGACCUCCACUCUAACUGGGUUUUGCGGGUUCCUCGGGUCGCAGAUGACUCCAAGCAGAAAGAAGUCCCUGUCUGUGCCAAUGAAAGCAUCCUGAACAAGAAAAACCCGAGUGGGUCCACAAGCAGCAGACUGCGGCUGCAGAGGAACCCGAUCCAUCUGCCCAAAGUGGUGGAGAGCGCAUUCCAGACUCUGCGCUUCAAGCCCAAAUUAAAAAAGCAGUGAAGCUUGAUGGACAUUUGAAACCACCAGCACUGCCAGGCUGCUGACGCAGAGCUCAACCUACUUGUUUGGACAGACACCAUGCUCUUCUGUGUGGACAGUUCAUACAUACAAAAACUUUAAGUGUAAUUUUAAUAAAGUUUUUUUUUUUUAAAAAAACUGUCCAGAGACAUAAACUUCAUUAAUCUUGAUCACAUACAGACCUUUUUCACAGCAGACAUUUUGACUUGCUAUAGUAGCACAAGUAUUACUAAUUAACAUUAACGAUGGCUCUGCUUUAUUCAAGUGUGCCUGUUGAGUCAUGACAGUGAGUCAGCAUGCACAACACAAGGACCUUGAGACUAAAGCGCCUAAAAGGAAUUCAGCCAUCAUUAAAUUUAUGACACAAGACAAAAUGUUUGCUGUGGAAAAAGCCUAUCCAGUGUCAUUAGUUUCAGAUUUUCUGAAAAGUGGUAGAAAAAUAUCAUCAAUCACAGGAUGUCACUUUCCUUCAUUCCCUCUGACACCUCUAGAUUAGUCUGACCCUUCUUUUGAUAGCAUUUCUUUCAGGUCUGAUGAACUGAGCAGAAUUAAAUAAUAUCAAUAAUUCAAUAUUGUGAUAGUUUUAGGUUGACUACAGUUUAUGCUUCAGACCUGCAGAGCAACAAGACUUAAUUAACCCUUGUGGUAUCUAGCAAAGCUAAUAUUUCUGGUUUAAUUUAUCCAGGUUUUCAGAUAUCCAAGACACAACGGGGGA